AUGGAGCGGAGCGGGGCUGGGUGCGGGGCCACGGCCAGAGCGGGGCUGGGUGCGGGGCCACGGCCGGGAUGGAGCGGAGCGGGGCUGGGUGCGGGGCCACGGCCAGAGCAGGGCUGGGUGCGAGGCCACGGCCGGGAUGGAGCGGAGCGGGGCUGGGUGCGGGGCCAUGGCCAGAGCGGGGCUGGGUGCGAGGCCACGGCCGGGAUGGAGCGGAGCGGGGCUGGGUGCGGGGCCACGGCCAGAGCAGGGCUGGGUGCGGGGCCAUGGCCAGAGCGGGGCUGGGUGCGAGGCCACGGCCGGGAUGGAGCGGAGCGGGGCCAGGUGCGGGGUCACGGCCGGGAUGGAGCGGAGCGGGGCCGGGUGCGGGGCCAGGCGGGACAGCACAGCGCGGUUUCCUCCCGCACAUCCCCCCUCGCGGUCGGGCCCCGCAGAAUCGUCUCUCUGAAGAGCCGGGACGGUGUGUGGCGGCGGCUGCGGGGACGGAGUUGUAUUAAGUCCCUUCGGGACAGGCUGCUCCGCCGUGGGCAGCCGCGCCGAGGCCGCUGCGUGUGGCUGACGGGGGGUUUGUGUCGAAGGGAAUCGGACGCGCCGGGCAGCGCCGAGCCCAUGGCGAUGCGGACGCUGCCGGGGACCCCGGCGCCCGUGCCGACAGCAGCCGGGCGGCUCCGCCAACACGCCGCCGGAAAAUCAGCCCCGUCGGAAGAGUCUUGCGACUUGGCUGUUCUGUGUGACAUGGAGGUAAGGACUCAGCAGCCUGCACAGAUACAUUCUACACUUAAUGUUCUCACCCUGAGCAAAGGUAUGACUCCACAAUCUGUUGUUAUUUUCCACUUUGAGUUCAAGGAAGAUUUUGUGAAGCUGUUCAAGAAGUGUCUGCACACGCUCCCCUCCGUUGGCCCUCCGUCGCUCCUGGCCCGCAGAGCCGGGCUGUCCCGGCAGAGCCUCUGUGCUGAGACUGAAGAGGACUCUGCUCCAAGGUGCGAGUACUGUGGCAGUCUGCUGAAGCCCUUCCCUUCCUCCGGAGAUGUUUCCCCCCCCCCUCAGAAAUUCUGCUGUGAGCGCAACCGAGACCUCUACGAGUUCAUCGUGAGCGAGAGGCAGCGCCGGGAGAGCAGCCGGCGCGGUGCCACUGCUGCCGGCCCCCACGGAGCCGGGGGGCUGCUGGCGGAGCAGAGCCUGGCCCGCAGGCAGCAGGAGAGGCAAAUGGCCAGACAGUUGGCUCUCCUGGCACCCGAGCCCACGCCUGCACCUAAAACCUCCAGCCGGGGCAGCACCAUUUCCUACCUGCUGUCCCAGGAGCCGCCGUCGCUGCGGGGCCGGACGCUGAUGCCGAGCAGGGGGGCAGCGGAGCUCAUGGAGGAGGAGGAGGAGGAGGAGGAGGAAGAGGAAGCACCCGGAGCUGUUUCCAUCACAGGUGGGAAGGUGGCGAAGAACCAGUUGCUGCAGAAGUUCUACAAACACGGCGGGAAGUUCCUCACAGUGCUGCCGGACGGGUCGGCGCAGAUAUUCUACCCAUCUGGCAACCUGGCAGUCACUGCUGUCCGGGAGAAGAGCCGCGCUGUGUGCAUGGUGUGGGAGGACGAGGCGAGCGGCGCUGCACUGCGGGCGAUGUUCCGGUCUGAUGGCAGCGGCACCUGCUCUUACCCCAGCGGAGCCCUCUGGAUGAACAUGAAUAUUCAGGGCGGGCAGUAUCUGGAUCAAGCUGGCAACAGAGUGAGAAGGUGGAUGUGGCCAAGCAGCGUCACGUCAUCAGGACCCCAGAUCCCGCUGAGCCCCAUCUUUAUCUCCCUGAACCGGCACGUGGGGGUCAGGAUCCUGGGCCAGGACAAGAUCACGGUUUCCUUCCUUGCCAUGGGGCAACAAGCAAAAUUCAACGUGGGAAUCAAAGUGCAGGGCAGUGAUGCUGGCCGGCUGCCGCCCCGCGCCCCGCUGGACCCCGAUGAGCUGCUGCUGCUGGCCUUCAGGGUGAGGAUCCUGUGCCUCUUACACAGGCUGCAGGGAUGCCUGAACUUCCCUUCUCAUGACCACUGGGACAAAAUCAAGCCUCCAGCAUACCUCAUCACUCAGACUUUAAAGGUCCUGCAGCUUUGCACAACCUCUGACGUAAGCGAGGAGCUGCGCAGCUUGGUCAGGGCAAUAGUGAACACCCAGUUCUGA